AUGAAAAACACCGUUUGCCUAAUUUUCUGUUUAUUUUUCCUAAACCAGUUUUCGUGCGGAGACAGGGAGGAAACCGUCGACGCCGUCCCGAAUGUGGGGGUUCUGAAUUUGGAGAAGCCGACUUUGAGGGCGCUCCUGGCGGAGAAUCCGGGGGGGGUCAGCGAGGGGGUAGACAACGAGGAAGUUGCCAGUGAGGAGGUUGCCAACGAGGAUGUCGUUAGUGAUGACUUACCCGUCGACAGCGUGGCCGCCGAAGAAGUGCCACCUGAAGUGGUCCCCUUAGAAGAAGUCUCCACAGAAGAAGUCCCCUCAGAAGAAGACCCCUCAGAAGAAGACCCCUCAGAAGAAGACCCCUCAGAUGACGCUCCAUCCGCCCCCUCAGCGCCAGCUGCAGAAGAGCAGAAUCAAGAAGCGGAGGAAGUCCCCCCCGCAGCCAAUGCAGAACCGAGUGAUGACUCCCCCGUCGAAGUUGUUGACGGUGAGGAUUCCGUAGUAGAGGAAGAGGAGGGACAGCACGUAGAGCAGGACGUCCCCGCGGUGCAGGAAGAGGAAGGCCAGGAGGAGGCCCACCAGGAAAGCUGCAGCGACUGCAGUGCACCUUGCUCACCAGGAGCCACAGAAUGUGAAAGCAAAUGCUCAGAAAAUUGCAACUGUGAUGGUGCAUGUCCAGAGGACUGUGCCGUUGAUGAGGGCUGCGAAGCCGUUGAUUGUUCGGAAGGUUCAGACGGCUCAGACGGCCCCGCAUGUGACGCUUGCCAGAAGGAAAGUGAAGAUGAGCAGCCAGAAGAGGGUGUGGACGCCGCCGCUGGUGUUUCUUCCGAGGUAGAGCAGCAAGCCGAACAAGGUGUAGCUCCCCUCGCAGUUGAAGAAGAUUCGGAGGGAGACGAACCCGAAAAUGAAGAGGACUCGGAUGGCGAAGAGACAGACGAUGUGCUAAGUGAAAUAUUUAGGGGCCUCAGAAAUGUUGCAGAUAAGGAAGAAACCGUUUUGGAGGAAAAUGAAGAGGCGGCAGGCGAACAGGCAGUCGAUGAAAAUGGGCAGCAACAGGAGGGAGAGGCAUACGAAGGGGAAGGUGCCGGAGAAGCUGCACCCGGUGAAGAUGGUGAAGAAGUCGCGGAGGGACAAAAUGCAGAAGCCCCUUCCAGUGACACCUCAUCAAACGACAGCGGAAUCGGUAGCGUUACCACAGAAACUGAAAACUUGGUAGACGACUUGAUGAACCUGCUGAACUCAGAUAACGGAGUGGACCAGUCCCUCAAGGUGUUAGCACAGGACAUGGCUCAAUACUUCUUAAAUCACUUGAACGCGGAAAGUGAAGUUGCAUGA